ACUGCACACAUGCUAAGCUAGCAAAGGCGGCCCUACAAAUUUAUUUUUAUCAGCUUUCUUCAGAAGCUCAUCCAUGGAUUAUGGACCAACAGUUUUAUUAGUUUAAAACAUUAGGCUACUCAUAUAUAUAUAUUUUAUUUCUUUGUCUGCGUGCAUGCAUCACCUUCUGACUUCAGAACCUUUGUUGUUAUAUUACUAACUACAAUCAGAUCAUAUCAUGUAGGUACUCAUUUGUGAAUUUGAAUCCAUGGAAAUUAAUAGCAAAUACCCACCAAAGAGAAAUUGAAAAAGAACUAAUCAGCUCAGAUUCCAGAUUGAGAUAGAGAAAUAAAAUAUCAGGAGAAUCAAAGCAAAUUAGAAUCCUGGAUCAAUGCAAAUUAGAAUCCUGUAAGGUGAGUUUGUAUGGGGCUUGAUCACGCACCUACAUUAUCUGAACCAACUGCCUGUUAAUGUUGCAGCAAUCUUGGACACUUGUUGGGAAGCAUUUCUUGCAUUUCAAGAAAGGUAUUAGAAAUAUAGGCAUUGUGGCAGAGAACGCAUAGCUUUUUAGGCCCUUCUACUUUUUAGCUUUGUUUUGCCCCACAGAUCUGAUCACAGGUCUAAUGAUACGCCUUGGUACUUGACAACAAAUCAUAUCUUUUCAUGGGGUGUGUAGUCAGCAGUGAGAGAAUCAAUGCAGAAAAGGAAAAAGAAGUUCAAGAAAGUAGUACUCCUCAGGAUGACUAUGCUUAUAAUGCUACUGGGACUAUUCAGAGAGACUUGACAAGCAGGGUUGAUGUGGACUGUGAGACAGCCAUGAAAUUUCUCCACAGGAAGAAGAAGCAGCGAUGGAGAAUGGGAUUGUGUUUUUUCAGUCACAGAAAAAGACUUCUCGGACAGACUGAGAACAAUAACAAUGCAUGGCUUCUGGGGGCCAAUCCAGAGGACGAGUGUAACGGAUGCAAUGGGCUUAAUUGUGAUGCAGAAAACAACAAUGAGGAUGUCUGCUCUGUUAAUUCUUCAUUUAGAUUCAGCUUUGGGUCUCAGCGGGAUUGGGAGGCAUCUAAUCCAGGGGCAACUGUUUUGCUGCUGAAUUUAGAGAAGGGAAUGGAGAGUAGUCUUGCGGAUGCUCAUGUGGUUAAGGAGUUUGAAUGGGCUAGGAUCCAGUCCUUAGAACGCCAAAUUUCGCCUGCUGUUGAGGGCUUGAUGAGAUUGGAGUAUGAGGAGAUUUGUGCUGCCACUGCAGAUUUUUCUCAAGACAAGGUGUUAGGGAGGGGUGCACACAGCUGUGUGUACAGAGGCAGGCUGAGGCAUGGCAAGUUAGUUGCAGUUAAGUAUUUAGAUAAGAAUGACAAGGAAUCUGGCAAGGCAUUCUGCAGAGAGCUGCACAUCGCAAGCAGCUUGAAAAAUCGGCAUGUGGUUCCUCUACUUGGCUUCUGCAUCGAUCCCCAAGGACUCUUCCUGGUUUACAAGUUUAUCUCUGGGGGAAGUCUGGAAUACCAUCUUCACGAGAAGAAAGGUAAGGGCUGCCUUUCCUGGCCUGACAGACUUCAAGUAGCAAUAGGAAUCGCCAAGGCUGUGGAUUAUUUGCAUCAUGGAACCCAUAAAUGCGUGGUCCACAGGGACAUCAAGCCUUCUAAUGUACUUCUUUCUAGGAGGAAAACAGCCAAGUUGUGUGAUUUUGGGCUGGCAACAUGGACUCUGGGAGCUUCAGUACCAUUCCUGUGCAAGACGGUGAAGGGAACUUUUGGGUAUCUAGCUCCAGAAUAUUUCCAGCACGGGAAGGUCUCAGAGAAAACAGACAUCUAUGCAUUUGGGGUGGUUCUGCUGGAGCUACUCACAGGGAGGAAGCCCAUUGAGACAAAGAAACAAGGAAGCGACGAGAACUUAGUUCUUUGGGCAAGGCCAUUACUUAAUGGAGGAUUGAUAGAGGAGUUAGUGGAUCCCCGCUUGAAAUCCCGCCUUAAGGCGAAGCAUAUGAAGCAGGUAGACAGAAUGAUUAGGGCUGCAGCAGUUUGCCUACACCCAACAGAGUCAUGGAGGCCAUGCAUGAGUCAGGUUGUGAGAAUCCUCCAAGGCCAUGAUGAUACUGGGCUUCUACAACAUGCCUGUCUCGCAAUGAUUAAUGUCAAUGGAGACUGUAUCACUGGCAACGAGAAAGAAAACAUCAAGGCCCUCAAAGGGCAUCUGGCAGUAGCCAUGGUGGGGGUGGAUUUAGAUGCAGAUGACGAAAAGCCUGACUACAAGCUUAACCGUUAAUUAGUGAAAUGAAAUUAUCCUAAUUAGGUACAUGACGGCCACCAAAAAAGUUACAGUUGUCUCAGCAACCAAGACGAUCAGAAGUUUAAGCAGUAUCAUCUAUGAGACAACAAAUUUCACAGCUGUCUCAACUAUCAAGAGGGGCUGCAAUGAAAGCAAUAAAUAGUGCCUUGCAUGGUUUUCAGCAGAGUUUGAUUGGAAGGGCUGUAGAUUGCAUUGUGGCAUGCAAAAGGAAAUGUUUCGUUUUCCUUUCAUAAGCAAUUUAGUUUUGUGCAGAAGAAAGAGUGAGGUGACUCAUGUCUAUCUUAGCUUGUAUUUGUGUGCACUAAAAAAUAAUAAAGAGAGUUUUGUGGA